CUCUCCCAACAUGGCGGCCCUGAGCCGCUGUUCCCGUACGCGAUGCAAUGCCGGAAGUGACGUUACCGGGCUUUUCCGCUUUCUUUCUACAGCAGGAACCGUGGCUACUGGGCAAGCGGGACGCGCCGAAUAGUGACCUUUGCCCCGGCCUCGUCGUGGGGACACAGCGCAUCUCCCCGCAGCCUGCUUCCUCCCACAGAACCUGUUUCCGGUCUCAGAGCCUCCAGUAAGAGAUGUUGCUGCUGCCGCUUCUGCUGCUGCUACCCCUUUGCUGGGCUGUGGAGGUCAAGAGGCCCCGGGGUGUCUCCCUCACCAACCAUCACUUCUACGAUGAGUCCAAGCCUUUCACUUGCCUGGACGGUUCGGCCACCAUCCCCUUUGAUCAGGUCAACGAUGACUACUGUGACUGCAAGGAUGGCUCAGAUGAGCCAGGCACAGCUGCCUGUUCUAAUGGCAGCUUCCACUGCACCAACACUGGCUACAAGCCCCUGUAUGUCCCCUCCAGCAGGGUCAACGAUGGAAUUUGUGACUGCUGCGAUGGGACAGACGAGUACAACAGCGGCAUUGUCUGUGAGAACACCUGCAAAGAGAAGGGCCGUAAGGAGAGGGAGUCUCUGCAGCAGAUGGCAGAGGUUACCCGCGAGGGGUUUCGCCUGAAGAGGAUCCUUAUCGAGGACUGGAAGAAGGCCCGGGAGGAGAAGCAGGGUGACGGAGCUGGCCCCUCCACAGAGCAGCUGGCCGCCUCCAGGGCCCAGAGGGAGCGGGAGCUGGCAGCUGAUGCCUUCCAGGAGCUGGAUGACGACAUGGACGGGGCGGUGUCCGUGGCCGAGCUGCAGACCCACCCGGAACUGGACACAGAUGGGGACGGAGCGGUCUCUGAAGCAGAAGCCCAGGCCCUCCUCGGCGGGGACGCACAGACGGAUGCUGCCUCCUUCCACGACCGCGUCUGGGCCGCCAUAAGGGACAAGUACAGGUCUGAGGCGCUGCCUGAUGACCUGCCCGCGCCCUCUGCCCCCGACGUGACGGAGGCCAAGGAGGAGCAGCCCCCGGUGCCCUCACCGCCCACAGAGGAGGAGGAAGAGGAGGAGGAGGCAGCUGAGGAUGAGGUGGAGGAGGAGGAGGAAGAAGAUGAAUCUGAGGUGCUGGGGGAGCAGCCCAAGGAGGCCCCGCCCCCGCUCGCGCCCCCCCAGCCUGCCAGCCCCUCCGAGGAGGACAAGAUGCCGCCCUACGACGAGCAGACGCAGGCCUUCAUCGAUGCCGCCCAGGAGGCCCGAAACAAGUUCGAGGAGGCCGAGCGGUCCUUGAAGGACAUGGAGGAGUCCAUCAGGAACCUCGAGCAGGAGAUUUCCUUUGACUUUGGCCCCAGCGGGGAGUUCGCCUACCUGUACAGCCAGUGCUACGAGCUCAGCACCAACGAGUACGUCUACCGGCUCUGCCCCUUCAAGCUCGUCUCGCAGAAACCUAAGCUCGGCGGCUCCCCCACCAACCUCGGCACCUGGGGCUCCUGGGCUGGCCCCGACCAUGACAAGUUCAGUGCCAUGAAGUACGAGCAGGGCACGGGCUGCUGGCAGGGCCCCAACCGCUCCACCACCGUGCGCCUCCUGUGCGGGAAGGAGACGAUGGUGAUCAGCACCACGGAGCCCAGUCGCUGCGAGUACCUCAUGGAGCUGAUGACACCAGCCGCCUGCCCAGAGCCACCACCCGAACCGCCCGCCGACGGUGACCACGAUGAGCUCUAGCCGGCCAGGCAUAGAGCUUUCUACUGGGGUCUUUCUCCCACCCCAGAACUUCAAGAAGGCCUGGAGCCAGCCCUCCGCAGUGCCGCCCACCUGCCCCCAUGUCUGUGGAUGGCAGGCCCCAUGUCUCUGGGCCUCCUGCCCCCCACCCAGUGGGGGUAGGACCUGCGUGGGGCUUCCAGUCCUGCUCUGGGGGCCCCGGCAGCCUCCAAAGAUGGGAUGAAGGAGCUCGCCCUCCCUGGGCCCCCACCCUGGUGGCCACAUCCCCUCUCCACCCCUCCCCACUGUGGGGACAAGUGACUUGACCUGUGACCUCAAACCAAUAAAUGUGACC